AUGCAGUCUCGCACUCUGGCCCGGGCAGCCUUGCCUUUCGUACGAGCCUGGACACCUGCUCUUACGAGUACACGAGGGCUAUCGACAUCUCGGUCGGUGUUCGGACAGCAGGCGUCUUCGAGCACAAGCUUGGACGAAUGGACACGGACGGUACAAGCACGCACGAGUACGAUGCACGACUCUGCAGACCUCAACAAGGCAAGGCAAUUACUGCUCAUGCUUCCAAAGCUAGCAACCACGGCCUCUGUAACCUCCCCGGCCUAUGAACUGUUCGAGAAGAACACUACCGAAGAUGUGCUGGCACUUUCGCAUGGCGGUCCUAUGCCGUUAGGCUCCGAGCUGGCGCUGUUCAAUCCACUGCUGAGUGAAUCCACGCUCGGGACAGAUGGCACCGAGCGGACGUUUGGGCCACCUGGCGGACUGGACCAACGCAUGUGGGCGAGCGGAUCAUUCGAGUUCGAGCAAGGCAGAGACCUCAAGAUCGGCCAAGAAGUCCAGUGCGAGGUGGCAAUCGAGAGCGUUCAGCCGAAACAGGGCGCGAAGACGGGCUUGAUGGUGCUAGUCACGAGGAAGCUCGUGUAUUCGAGUCCGGAGGGCGUCGUCAUGACCGAGCGCAGGUGCCACGUGUAUCGAAAGCAGCGUCCCGCAGAGCAGCGCCGAUACGUUGCUCCGUCGGCCGACAAAGCACCAAAGGUAACGGAAGUCGAGGAGAAGCAGUCCGACUUUGGCUUUGACUACUACGCUACCCGUGCGGCACUCUUCCGCUACUCAGCAGUGACAUUCAAUGCGCAUCGUAUACAUCUCGACCCGGAGUAUUGUCGCAACGAGGAAGGUCAUCCAGACUGCCUGGUCCACGGUCCGCUGACAGCGACGUUGCUGCUGAAUCUCUUCGCGGCCGCUGCAGACCAGGCCUCGGGUAAGGUACGAAAAUUCGAGUACCGCGCCACUUCGCCUCUGACCGUCGAGCAGAAGAUUCGAUUACGAGGCGCCUGGGAGGGCAGCGAUCGGAAGAAAGCAUCGCUGUGGGCGCUCAACGAGGCCGGCACCGUCUGCAUGACCGCCAAAGCAACGCUUUUCUGA